GGUUAGGAUAUUUUGCGACACAACUUGAAUUACAUUUUGUGUUACUGCGCAACAUGUUCUAUAUAGUUUGAUGAGUGGCUGUAAAUGUACUGGUUGUUCCUCCUCUCUUUUUUGACACCUGAAUUCCUUUACAUAUAUGGGGAUAUGACGCGGAAUCCAAGACCAAUGAAUUCUUCUGGAAUUGAUAAUUUUAAUUUAUGUAGGACGUUAUCUAUGUAUAAGAAUUCCAGGGAUGGUUAUAAAGCGAUUUUUCAAGAUAUAACAGGAUACAGGCAACUUGAAAAGAUUAUUCUUAAUCUCAAUGAGAUUCCAUCAAAACUCAUACACUUUAACAAAAAUCUCCUGUUGGAUUUCGCAAAAAGCAAUGAUAUUACGGAUAUGGAACUUUAUAUCCAUGGAUCAUUAUUCUAUCACAGCGUUGAAGAAAUGUUCAAAAUGUUGCCUGCAGAAGUAUCUUACAAUGUUAUUGACCAGCAUCUGCAAAAUCUCAUGAUUUCCAUCCUAACUUACGAAAAAAGAAACGUAGAAUUUGGUUACUCAGCUUCAGAACUGCGAAAAUGCUUCAAAAUAAACGAGUUUGCUGCUCAAUCAGUCAACAUCUUUGGUGACCUAACAAUCAACUGGUUUAAAGCUUUUAGCUCUGGUCUUACGCGGUACCUUAAUGCGCAAAAAUUAUUACAAAUGACGAGAACAGUUUUGAAUUCAGGACCCAGCAAAUCGUGCAGUCAUUGUAUGAGGGACCUCAGUUUGGGUUGCCCGAAUUUAGAUAAGUGCUUUGCAGCUGAUACUAAACAAGUAUGUUCAAACCCAUGCAACAGUUACUGUAUAAAUGUUUUUCGCGGAUGUUUAGCUCCGUAUAUCUUAUUUUUUCCUAAACAAUUCAUCUAUUCAAAUCAGAAGUUAGCAUGGAGUUACUCAAACCCAAUUCGUUUUGAUGAUUUGAGCUACUUUUUAAGUGCCACUACUGUGUAUCAUUUAAUUAAAAAAGGGAUUAAAGAAGCCAACGAAAAUGAAGCCUUAAUCCAACCCAAACUUGAGAAGUUUUGUAGAAAAAAUAAGCCGCGUACUUUACAAACUACUAUAGGUUUGUUCAGUAACUUAAAUGGAAAUGAUCAUACACUAAAUGAAACAAUGAGUAAUUAUUUGCAACUUAACACUGAGGAAUACGAUAAAUUAAACAAUUUCAUUGAGAAAGUUGCGAAAGAUCUAAAUUCAUAUCUUCAUGACAGAGACAAUAAAGUUCAGUAUAUGAGCAAUAUUGAGUUACUUUAUUGUUCACAAGAAGAUAAAAAUCGAUGCUGGAAUGGAUCAUCAUUUGAUCGGUAUACACGUCAAGUUCCAGAGUUCACUAUAAAUGGACAGUUAAAUAAUCCCGAAGUGAAAAUAACAAGCAAUGAUUUAAAAUACAAUUUUUCAAAAGAAAAGAAUGUUAUACGAAAGGAGCGGACAGAGGAAAAUAAUGCUCAAAAGGUGAAUUCUAAGAAUGAUGUUCCAUUGACUAACCCUCUACUUAAUCAGAAGAAAUCAGAUCGAGAAGGCUUAUUCAUUUCAGAGUCAAGUGGUACACAUCCUUCUCUUUUGUCAAGUGAUAUAAAUAUACCUCAAAUGAAUCCAAAUGUUUUUGAAUCAAAGCCAUCGAAGUAUUUUAGUGAAACUAACAACAGAGCUGAAAUCGUCAAUACAGAUGAUUUGUCGGAUCAAAUUGUGGUUCAAGGAUGUUUUGUAGAUGAUGAAGAUUGUGAAUUAAAUAUUGCUGACAAUUCAAUCGACGAUAAUGCUAAUGAAAGACAGUACACAGUACUUAUUGAAAAUGAAUCUUUCGACAAUUCAUCCGAGUCUAAGAAAAAACUACAAGAUGAUCCGGUGAAUGACAACAAAACAAAGGAAUCUUCAAAGAAAACCGAAAUACCCCCAGAGAAAGCAUUGAAUUCUACGGCAUCUAAUUCCUCAACGAAUUCAAAAGUUCAGGAAAAUAUUAGUCUCAGUAACAAAAUGUCAUUGGAAUUGGUCUGCUUUGUUUGUAUAUUCUCUAUCAAGCUUUAUCCAUUCACAUGUUUAUAAUUUUGAACAGUGUUAAAUAGGCCAUUAUAAAUGUAUAUAAAUCCCAUGUGAAUAAUCAGUAGUGUUUUACUAGCUUUUCAGUUCUAAAUUUUCCUCUUUUUUGAAACUUCCUCAGCUACUUUCCUUUACUAAACAUACAGCAUUUAUUUCAGACAUAUUGAUGACAAUGAAGUAAUCAGUGACAAAUGAUUAGUUUUUGCAUUAAACCUUCUGGAUUUUUCAUUGUACAUUCUUCGAUUUCUAUGGUUAUUUUGUGUUGUGGAUUUAAUUUCUCCAUCGUAAGAUCAUGUUCAUUGUUUACAUUUUAAAUUAAUUCUUACACUUUUUUAUUGACAGAUAUACGGUAUUAUAAAUGAUCAUGUAAAAACAUUUGUUGUCAUUGUUAAUUUGAUUAUUUAUUAUCUAUGAUCUUUAGAUUGUACGUGUUGUGAAAUUUAGUCAAUAUCUUCAUUACUACUGCUAACAAUAAUACCGUCAAGGUUUGUUUUAUAUGUUUACUCAGUGCAAACUAAAACUUCUUAUAUAUUUAACGUAUACUUAAACGGAUCGAUAUGUGGCUAGCAGUAGAAUGCAGAAUGUAUGCUUCGUCCUAUUGGGGAAUUGUCAACUGGAUGUACCUGAACCCCAAUAUUGAUAUUUUCAUAAAGACUCUAAUUCAGCACCUUUUGCUUCAACGAGUUACCCAGUAAGCUAGUAAGGUUAGAUGACAGCUGGUUUGAUGAAA